AUGUACAGCUUCAUGGGAGGGGGUCUGUUUUGCGCCUGGGUGGGCAACAUCCUGCUGGUAGUCUCCACGGCGACUGACUACUGGAUGCAGUAUCGACUCUCAGGAGCUUUUGCCCACCAGGGGCUGUGGCGCUACUGCCUGGGUGGAAAGUGCUACCUGCAGACGGAAAGCAUCGCUUAUUGGAAUGCCACCCGAGCCUUCAUGAUCUUGUCAUCGCUGACCUGCUUCGCUGGGAUCGUCGUGGGCAUCCUGGCCUUUGCACAGUUACCCGCCACCCCCCGCCUGAGCCGCCCCUUCUCUGCUGGAGCCUUGUUCUUCACUUCCACCCUAUUUGUUCUCCUGGCCAUGGCUGUUUACACUGGGGUGACGGUGAAUUUCCUGGGCAAGCGUUUUGGGGAUUGGCGUUUCUCCUGGUCCUACAUCCUGGGCUGGGUGGCCCUGCUCAUGACCUUCUUUGCAGGUAUCUUCUACAUGUGCGCAUACCGGAUGCAUGAAUGUCGCCGCCUCUCCGGACCACGCUGA